CGGGUAGUCCAGGUAUCCGUCGAGGGAUCGCCAUUGUUCUGGAAUUGAUAGAAGUAGAUUGGCCUGCGGUCCAGGAGGAUGAGCUUGGCGUGGAAACCCACUCGAGGGAGAGAUGACUUGCGCGUUAGGGUUCACUUCCGGGCAAGUCCAGGAGUAGGUGGUCAGCUUGGUCAUGUCGAGACCGGAUGCGACGGUGGAGAGAGUGCUCAUGGCCAGAUUGCUGCCCGUCAUAAACUGUAUAGAAGCGUUUGUCCAUGUUCCAGUCGUGUCUGCCGUCCAAGAGAUCGGACAAGGUGUACCGGCAUUGAAGACGGCACCCGGUCCUGGUGCAGUAGGCACUGCAGCGCCGAGCGUUUGGGUAGCCAUGACCAGCAGGGCGGUAAGCGAGAGUGUGUUGCUCGAGAUCAUCUUGCGCCAAAGGCUAAGAGUUUUGCGGUGGAUUGCGAAACAAAGGCGGUACGGUUGCGGUCGUCAGACUGUUUCGUCGGUUGCCAGAAAGGAGUGUGGAAUGUUGCCGGUCAAGUGCGGAUUGGGCAGAUGCUAUCGACAGUAAAGGAUCGCCUGUGCGUCGACACGACGGCGGCGGCGGGCGGUCAGAGUCAAGUGAAAAUGCUGUCCGCCAGAGGGUCGAUGAUGGCGCCUGAGCCUGCCAUCACUCGACUCGACAUUGGCUCACUGUGUGGUUGGAUCAGUCUGGCAGCCUGGAUUGUCGUGUUCAGCCCUCAGAUCGUGGAAUGCUAUCGGAUAAAGUCUGGCGAAGGACUGAGCUUGGCCUUUCUGAUCAUCUGGCUCACAGGCGACAUCACGGGGCUCAUAGGCGCCUACGAGCAAGGCCUGCUGCCCACCAUCAUCUUUCUCGCGGUGUACUACACGCUCUGCGACGUCGUACUCAUCGUCCAGCUCUUUUGGUACCGACGGAGAAGGCGACUCCACCCCGAGCACUAUCUCCCGACAGAUCCACAAGCCUACAUAGAACCCACAGAGACGAGCCCCUUGCUCAGAAGAUCAUCACAUGCCGCACCGGCAGCGACGACCGAACCAGACGCGCUGGCCGAUGAUAAGCGCCCAACCUCUUCCCAACCGAGGCACGUCGCUCGAACGAUCGGUCUCUACUUGCUCGCCCUCCUUGCCGUCAUCCUAGCCGGCGUCGUCAUGUGGAUCCUCUCGAGGCAGGCCGGCAUGAACAGAGUGCCCGGCCAACACAGACAACCUCGAGAGGUGUGGGAUACCCAAGCACAGAUCUUUGGCUGGCUCAGCGCUGCAGCCUACCUCGGCUCUAGAUUACCGCAGAUAUACCACAAUGUAGAGACGGGAUGCGAGGGCCUCUCACUUGCAUUCUUCUGCUUCUCGCUGCUCGGCAACAUCACCUAUGUCGGCUCCAUCCUCAUACCCUCGCUCGACGCGAACCACCUCUGGGUCAACUUGAGCUGGCUCGUCGGCAGCGCAGGCACGAUCCUGCUCGACUUUGUCGUCCUCUCGCAGUUCUUCAUCUACCGCAAGCGAAGGCUGGCCCUCAUGAUAGACGAGACCAAGCCCUAAUCAUCUCCCCUCUCCCCGCUUGCUCGCUCGCUCGCUCGAGUCGUUUGAUCGCAUAGAAACGCGUUGCUUGUACUUCUUGCGCCCUUGCAUUUGUCCCCUUUGCAGAUGCUGUCCAGAGCCUACUCUGCUGCCGUGAGCGCGCACGGUAUCAAGCGAGCUGCCGUCGUUGGCGCUGGCCAGCUGGGGCAAGGGAUCGCUUAUGUGUCGGCACGAGUGGCCGGCGUCGAUACGAUCCUCUACGACUCCUCUGAGAAACAGCUCGCAAAAGGAUUUGCCCUCUUC